ACUUGCCCCAGAAGGGGAGUCGAGGGCGGCCCUAGGCUGGUGGGCGGAGCCUGAGGUCUCCAGUCCCGUCCGGGAGACUCCACCCGCUUCAAGGCACAGCUGAGUAGCUGAGCGGAGCCCACCUGGAUUCAGAGUCCAGACGACUGCGUCCUGCACUCUCAAAGACCCAGAGGUCCAGAUUCCAAUGCUCUCCUUAGGAUGCAGGAGUCCGUGACUCAUCCUUCCUCUACCACCAAGGUUUCCACCCCAGCUUUGGCAAUGACCCUGGCAGCCUCCUCCCAGCGCUCCCAAAUCAUCCGUUCCAAGUUCCGCUCUGUCCUGCAGCUUCGGAUCCACAGACGGAAUCAAGACUGUACCUCUGAUUCAGAUCCAUGGAUCUCAGCCUCAGGCCCAGCUCUGGCUCCAGCUUUGCCCCCUGCUCCUGCUUCUUUCCUUGUCAGCCCUGGCGUCUUGUCCCCUGAACCAGCAUAUUGUCCUUGGAGAUCUCCAAAGAAGGAAUCUUCCAGGAACUCCCAACACUGGAAGGAGCCCAAGGUCAGGGGGAAUUUGACAUAUCACCUGUACAUGCCUCCAGAACGGAGACAAGGGCCUAGGGAAGAUCUCCAAGCAGAGGGCUCAACCCUGGGACCCCCAGGGCCAUCACUGUGGGAGGAGAAAAACUCACAGAGGUCACACCCUCGGAUGAAGCCCUCCUCACCAGGAAACUCCAGGCCCUCACCCCCUUCACACAAGCUGGAACUUCAGACCCUUAAAUUGGAAGAGCUGACGGUCUCAGAGCUUCGGCAGCAGCUGCGCCUACGGGGACUCCCAGUCUCCGGGACCAAGUCGACGCUCCUGGAGCGCAUGCGCGGUGGCGCCCCGCCCAGGGAACGGCAGAAGCCCCGGCGUGACGACCAAGAGGCUGCGGCUCCCUGGCCGCGCCUUAGGCCUAAGGCUCUGGGACGUACCCGGCGGCCCGGCACGGUAAAGACAAGUGCAACGACUCGUAGGCUGCAGUUUUCUGAAGUUGCGGAUCCCCUGGGGGCUGCUCCAGCUCCGGCUCCCGCGCCGGUUCAGGCUCCCGCUCCAGCUUCGGCUCCGGCUCUUCCAACUCCCUUUCCAACAACUCCAGCCAGCCUGACUCUGGAGGAGGAGCUGCAGGAAGCGAUCCAUAGGGCUCAGCUGCUUCCGAAUCGGGACAUCGAUGACAUCCUGGAAGACCAAGUGGAGCCAGAUGACCUGCUGCCUCCCAUCCCCUUGGACUUCCCGGGCUCGUUUGACGUGCUGUCUCCCUCCCCGGACUCAGAUGGCUUCUCUUCCGUUUUCUCUUCUUCACUCCCAUCCCCCACAAGCUCCCUGUCCCCUUCUCCAAAGGCACUUACAGAUUCCUUGGACUGGCUAGAGGCCUUGAGUGGCGGUCCACCGCUGGACUCUGGGCCUCCAGGGCCCAGCAUCUUCUCUGCGGACUUAUCUGACCCCAGUGGCACUCGUCUUUGGGAACUGCUUCCAGAUGCAUAA